GCGGCGUCGGCGUUGUCCGUGAAUCGCGGGCGGCCGCCGGUGCGUUCUGCGGCUUUAUGCGCGUGCAACACGUCGGGCGGCGAGGGCUGCGGCAAGCGCCGGCCUGACAGAUGCGGGAGGCGGACGGGAGACACGCGAUGGAUCUGAUUCAUAUUUAAGAAUUGACUGAAACAACCUCUGCUCCUAUCAAAAAUAAGAAGUUUAUCAAAUCAAAGCUCAGCAGAAGAAAGCAAGUUGUGACAUCCCUUGUGGAUCUGCAAUCUUUAUGGACAAACCCUCAAGUGAACUCUUUUAUACAGUGCCUGUGUAUGGCAGGAUGACCGGCAGCAGACUAUGAUGGCGAAGAAGCAAGAUGCCCGAUCACCCAUUUACAAUCUCAUUGUGGUGGGUUUGUCAGGAACAGAGAAGGAGAAGGGGCAAUGUGGGGUUGGCAAGUCCUGCCUGUGCAACAGGUUUGUGCGGCCUAGUGCUGAUGACUUCUACCUGGACCACACAUCAGUGCUGAGCACCAGCGACUUCGGGGGUCGAGUUGUUAAUAAUGAUCACUUUCUUUUUUGGGGAGAGGUGUCCCGGGUCCUGGAGGAGGGUCCCGAGUGCCGAAUGCAUGUUGUGGAGCAAACUGAGUUCAUUGAUGACCAGACAUUUCAGCCACACCGUAGCACUGCUAUGCAGCCCUACAUCAAACGGGCAGCUGCAACCAAACUGGCCUCAGCAGAGAAGCUCAUGUACUUCUGUACAGAUCAGCUGGGGCUGGAGCAGGACUUUGAGCAAAAGCAAAUGCCCGAGGGCAAACUGCAGGUGGACGGCUUCCUGCUUUGCGUUGAUGUAAGCCGAGGCAUGAACCGUAAUUUUGACGACCAGCUGAAAUUUGUUACAAACCUCUAUGGUCAGCUGAGCAAAACCAAGAAGCCAAUUGUGCUGGUCCUCACCAAAUGUGAUGAAGGAGUGGAGCGCUACAUCAAAGAUGCACAUACCUUUGCUAUCACAAAGAAGAGUCUGCCCGUAGUUGAGACGUCCGCUCGCUCAAAUAUAAAUGUUGACCUUGCCUUCCUUACCUUGGCUCAGCUUAUUGAUAAGAGUAGGGGCAAACCCAAAAUCAUCCCUUAUUUUGAAGCCCUCAAGUUACAGAGUCAGCAAAUAGCCUCUGCCAAGGAUCGCUAUGAGUGGCUGAUCAACUGUAAAGUGAAGAAUCAUAACGAAUCUUGGUUGAACAUCUGUCGACAGAUAAACAACUCCCCAGAGUACAAGGAAUAUGUCUUCUUGGAGGGAACAGCUAAGUGCAAGAAACUUUUUCAGCAGCAUGUUUACCGUCUGAAACAGGAACAUAUUGAGAGGCGUCGCAAAAUAUACUUGAGCACUCUUCCUUUAGCACUUAGUUCUUUGGUGCCUGACCUGGAUGAGAUAGACCAGCUGAGCUGGUCUGGUGUACAGAAGGUUCUGGAGUCCAAGCAACACUUUGGCCACUGGUUUGUUGUUCUUGAGGAUUCACCAUGGGAGGAUACGUCUCACAUUGAUAACAUGGAAGACGAGCGGAUCCCUUCAGACCUACUGGAGACGGCUGAAGCUGAGGAACUCUUUAAUGCUCAUCUGGAACAUCUGCGUAAUGAGUGUAGAAGGGCAGAGAUGAGGCUGGAGUUCAAACAGAGGCUGGCGUCCUCUCCCUUUGUCACACCCGGUAAACCUUGGGAGGAAGCGCGCAGCUUUAUCAUGAAUGAAGAGUUUUACCAGUGGCUUGAAGAGCCAGAGUACUUGGACCUGUACAACCGGCACCAGAAGGAGAUCAUUGACCGCGCUAAAGAAGACUUCCAGGAGCUCUUACUGGAGUACUCGGAGCUCUUUUAUGAACUGGAGGUGGAUGCCAAGCCAAGUAAGGAGAAGAUGGGGGCAAUCCAAGAGCUUUUGGGAGAGGAACAGAGGUUCAAGGCACUACAGAAGCUUCCAGCUGAAAGAGAUGCCCUGGUAUUGAAGCAUAUCCAUUUUGUCUAUCAUCCUACCAAGGAGACCUGCCCCAACAGUCCUCACUGUGUAGACUCUAAAAUCGAACAACUCUUAGCCUCACGUUUUCCCACAUGUUACCCCUUCUUUGACGUGAAGGCCCAUUUUGGCGACACGAAAGCUGAUAGAAUUAACCUGGUCAUACUAGGGAAGGAUGGGCUUGCCAGGGAAUUCGCUAAUGAGAUUAGGGCCCUCUGCACAAACGACGACUGGUACGUGUUAGAUGGGAAGAUGUAUGAACUGACUCUCCGCCCCAUUGAAGGAAACGUGCGUCUUCCAGUAAAUUCCUUCCACACCCCCACUUUCACCCCUCAUGGAUGCUUGUGUCUUUAUAAUUCAAAAGAGUCCCUUUCCUAUGUAGUGGAAAGCCUGGAGCGCAUUAGGGAAUCUACUCUAGGUCGAAAGGACAGCCAGCUAGCUCAAUUGCCAACAUCAUUGCUUUUAGUCACUAAAAGAGGUGUAGGAUCAUAUGUGGAUAUAGGUCGAGAAACUGCCUUAAACCUAAUUACACAGGGACAGCAGGUGGCAAGGAGACUGCAGUGUAGCUUUCUAGACCCUGCCUCUCCUGGUGUGGGCUAUGGACAUAAUGUAAAUGAGACUCAGAUCAACCAAGUGCUGAGGGGCCUUCUGGACAUUAGGAGGAGCACAUCCUUUAGUAGCAUUUCUCCACCUCUCCUCCCUGAGCCACCAGGACUCCGAGACUCUCCCCAUCAGCCGGUCACAGAAGCAGAUCUUCGCAUUGUCAUGUGCUUAAUGUGUGGAGACUCCUAUGACAUUGAGCAGCUUCUGUCCCCUUUCCUAAUGCAUCAGCAUUGUCGGCCCAUGUCCAAUAGUGGCACCUCCGUAUUGCUGGAACAGACAGUUGGUGGACACAAACUGGCCAUAGAGCUGUCUCUGCUCUCAUAUCACGCCUCGUUCACUUUGCGGAAGAGCAGGUUAGUACACGGAUACAUUGCCGCAUACUCGGUCUCCCGGAAAGCGUCCCUGGAGACGCUAUGCGCCUUCCUGUGUGAGGUUCAGGACAUCAUCCCAAUUCAGCUGUUGGCAGUGGGAGAUAGUCAGGCAGAGCUUACUGACAGUGACUUUGCCUGUGAACAGCAGAUCCAGGGGGAGGAGCUAGCCCAUGAAAUUGAGGGUCGAUUCAAUAGUGUGGUGUGCGGAUCUGGAGGGGUGGUGGGAGGCCUGCACAGGAUAGAAAUGUUCCAUUCUUUUCUGAUGGAAGUGGUGGAGAAACGCAACAUUGUGGAGGCCACGCACAUGUACGACAACGUUGCUGAGUCAUGCACCAAUGAAAACGUGUACUCCCCACGCUGCAGUUCCCCUAGCCCCGUCACCAUGUUCCUCGAUUCAGAAGACGACGUGGACCCAUCGCCCCCCUACUAUGAUGGAACGCUCACCUCACAUAGCGGAGGGUUUAAUCUUCCUGAUUUAGAUUCCAGCGACAUAUCUGUCAUUUCUGAUAUCAGAGACUUUGAGAACAAACUCAACAACAAAGUCCCCCCUCACGUCCGAGUCAAACCAGGUGUCACUUUUGAUUUUCGUAAGGUGAGCCGCAACCCGUAUAUAGAUACACUAGGUCACCGUCGCUCCCUCCCCUCUGCUGUUACCUGGGUUCCUGGUGGGGACGUGGGCUACGAUCCCUCCGACUACGCUGAACCCAUGGAUGCUGUUUCCAAACCGCGCCCUAGCAACGAAGAGAUCAUCUACUCUGUGCCACACGACAGCACACAAGGCAAAAUCAUCACCAUCCGCAACUCCAACCGGAUGCACUCCAACGGCAACGGCUCGGACAGCGAAGCGGACAGCAGCUCUCUAGAGCGACGGAGGAAGUUCUCAGCGGUGGGGGUGAAGCCGCGUCUGUACCGCGACCGCUCCAAGCGGCUUGGGAAGUUCAGCAGUUUCCGCACGAGCUUCAUAGGAAGCGAUGACGAGAUGGGCGCCCUUACAAAGUCCAAGGAAGAUGACUAUGGGACCCUGAAAGGUGAAAGCCUUGCUAACGAGGAGAGUGAGGAUCCAAAGAAGAGGAACAUUCUGAAGAGCCUGCGACGAACAGCCAAGAAAACCCGACCAAAGCCACGUCCAGCGAUCCCCAAGCCCCUGGAAAGCAAUUACUUCGGGGUCCCUUUGGUGAAUGUGGUAUCUCCAGACAGACCUAUCCCACUUUUCAUCGAGAAGUGCGUGCGUUUCAUUGAGACAACAGGCCUGAACACGGAGGGCUUGUACCGCGUAAGCGGGAACAAGUCAGAGAUGGAAAGCAUGCAGCGGCAGUUUGAACAGGACCACGGAUUAGACCUCGUGGAGAAAGACUUCUCUAUCAACACUGUGGCUGGAGCCCUCAAAAGCUUCUUCGCUGAGCUGCCUGAGCCCCUGGUGCCUUGUGCUCUGCAGGUGGACCUAUUGGAUGCUUUCAAAAUCAAUGACAGAGAACAGAGGCUAUAUACCAUGAAGGAUGUCCUGAGGAGGUUCCCCAGGGAGAAUUAUGAUGUUUUCAAAUACGUGGUGACCCACUUACACAAGGUGGGCCAGCUAAACAGGGUGAACCUGAUGACCAGCGAAAACUUGUCCAUCUGUUUCUGGCCCACCCUGAUGAGGCCAGAUUUCUCCACCAUGGACGCUCUGACAGCCACGCGCACCUACCAGACAAUCAUUGAGACGUUCAUCCACCAGUGCGCGUUCUUCUUCUACAACCAGCCGCUCCUCGACUCGCCCACCGGCCUGGGGGGCCUCCCCGCCUCGCCCACCACCACCCUCAGCGGGGGCUCCGCCUACUCGUGCUACCGCUCGUCCCCGUCCCACGCCGCCGCGCACUUCAGCCCCCUGCAGCAGUCGCCGCCCACCACGCCCCAGUCGCCCCUGCAGUCGCUGCUCCCCCCCCCUCCACCAGCACCCCCACCCCCACCCCCACCACCCUGCCGCUGAACAAGAGACACUGUGAGAGACGAUGACAUGAAACCACGUGUGCCCAUGAUGAUGCUGGACCUUAUCACCAACACACUAAAAAGAAGAAGAAGAAGAAGAAGAAGGAGGAAAAAAAGUGCACUUGCACACUGCAUUUUUGAUCAUGGACAACAAAGGUUAUGGAGUGGAGACGGGACCUGUCUGAGAGCGUUCCCCCGACCUGCCAUUUGCAUCCAUACACGUGCAUGGUGGCAGGUUACCAGCAGUUCCUCUGCUGCCUGAGCCCCGAUCUCCUGGGUUUGACGUCGGGGCCGAAGCAGAGGGCAAAGGUCACCUCCCUGUCAGAAGCCACCACUUAUCCGACACUACCAAGAAAUAGAAACCUCUAUGCCAAGCUGUGGCCACCAUGUUUUUAUCUGUGUAAAAAUGUUUUUAGUUUUUAUUUCUCAUGAAAGUACUGCCACUGGAUUUAUGUUCCUGUGUGAGUAGCAGUUUGCCUCACACAGCAGAGCUUUCUCUGCCUGCCUUUGGGGUUUCUCUCGUCUCUACUUGAGGGGUCAGCGUGGGGAGGGGAGGGAAAAGGUGGGUACACAUCCAGGGAUGCACUUUAACGAUCACUGUUGUUUUCCCCUCCACAGGGUUGUUUUGUUGACAUGCUGUUAUUUUGUGUGUGUUUUUAAUUUCCCAGCUCAAACAGCCAUACUCAUUGCCUCCUCGGAGCUCUGGCAGAUCAAACUUUGUUUACAUCAACCUUGUUUUUGUAUCCACAAACGUAUCUGAAGCACUUUUUAAUAGUGUAGUAUUGAAUCUGAAAAAAAACCCAAUGCCACAUUGAUCAAUUGUCCAUAGUGUUUAGUGCUUGAGUGUGGCAUCUGUGCAGGCUUGUGAAACAAGAUCCUUUUGUAAAAACUUAAGUUCCUUAAGUGGAUCCAGAGGUUCAGUUUUAAGUGGAUGAGAAAUCUGAAUCUGCUCAUAUCCCUCAUUCAUCCAGCCAUGUGAAGAUAGUUUUCUUUAGAGUUCGUCCUCUACGUAGCUGUUGGUUAAUCAGAGUGGGUGUGUAGGAGCGUUUGGUUUAAUACCUCUGAUAUUAAAUCAGAGAUCAGUCAAGUGAAGGAGAAAUUUUGCCAUUUUGAAUGUGUAACCUAGUCCUACCAUAACACCAGCCUCCUUUCCAUUGUGUCCAUAGAAACCAAAAGCUUGAAACACGAUCGGUUGCUGGAUGUGUUGCUGUGGCUGUCUAUCAAACCAAGCUCUCUGUAAUCAUCUAAUAUUAAGGGCCUUUAACUCGGAAGGUUUCAUAUUCUCAAUGCACUGUUACUGCUUGUCCUGCUUUACGAUACCACAGCCAGUAGAAGUAAAAUAUUUGUGAAUGAGACACAUCCAGGAAGCACCAACAGCCGUUUACCUGCUCUAGUGAAUUAGUUUUGUGCUGGUAUAUUAUCCUCCCUUACAUGAAAAAAGCAGCACAUUUUCAGCAGUUAGCACUGAAAUGAAGUUAAUGAAUCUGGUCAUUUUGACCAUUAAAUGUUUGAGAGGAAGCUAGCGUCUUUGCAAUGGGACCCACUAGAAACAGGUUUACAAGUGUGGGAUCGUGAUCCCAAUGUGGUUCUCGUGUGCAGCACCGACCAAAGAUGUGGGACGGUCGGUGCUGCAACGUUGGGAUUGUCAUUUCUGGUACGUUUGGAAUUGCAGUGCUGUCAGAAGCCAGUCAUUUUGUGUUUAUCAGUCUACACUGAGGGCUCUUCUCAUUCUUCUCAGAGUUUGAAGAUGUAACAUUAAGACUGAUGGCAGUGGUCCCAUCAUAGCGAGUGUAGAAUCUGACUGCAUCUCUUGAAAUCUGACACAAGUCUGUUGUGAAAUGAGCAAAACGUGAGUGCAUACUACUCUAUAAUGGUUGUUUAUUUGUAUGUUGGGGAACACCACCCUUUAGUCAAUGGUAGAAAACAUUUCUAGUGUGUAUUUCAAUGAUCGAAAGUCCAUUUUUACAAUUUUUUGUGAAAGGUUCCAGGCCACUUCAGUUUAGUGCAUGAUUUAAAACACACCUGGGGAGACGGGCGAAAGCCGCCUCUUGUUUUAAAAAACAUGAAAUUAGCGUGAGAACAAGACUAAAACUAAAGUCAUGAAGCUUAAAUAUGAAAAUGAAGAACUGUGCACCAAGAGCAAACCACGGAAUCUGACUGAGAGUAGUGAUUGAAGAUGAAGGCCUUAUGUGAACUGUACAAUAGUUAAUAAAUGAAACUUGUGAAAUUUU